AUGCUGGCGCUUCUUUUUCUGGCACUGAUAGUUUCUACCUGUCCAGCUGAGCCAGCAGCCAAUGACGUAGCAUUAGAAUUCAACGCACUGUGCGAGCUGAUAGGUAUAGCGAGAGCUAGAGACAAAAUACCAAAGUUGACCCUUGGAAGCAAAAUAACAAAACAAAAAGAAUUUAUAAUCGCCCUAAAUAUGUCUGUCUCCAGCGAUACAUUCUUCAACCAAAAGUUUGACAGACCUGAUGCACCAACAGGUGAAUCCCCAGAGUGGCAAAAGAAUAAAAAAACUUGGCAGCGGCUGCAAAAGAUAAUAAACGACAAAAGUAGCGGCGCUUUCGGCCGCGUAAUAAAACAACCACCAGACACAGAGGAAAGAGAACUAGCAGCGACGUUAAACAACCAAACGGUAGCAGCAGCAGAAGCACUAACAGAGGGCGAAGUCAAUGGACCGACGGACAAGGAAAUCCAAGACCUGCUGCAAGGAGCGGUGAGCGGCAAAGGCGGAGCUGCGCCAGCGGACGACACAAAGACAUUUGGCACGGUGGCGAGAAGCUGCGGAGGCAACGGGGCAGACAACACAGGCCAAGGCAAAAGCCUAGCAAACGAUAUACUCUGCCUCUGUUCUCACGACUCAAGCAACGCCGGCUUCCAAGGCUGCGCAGGCGAGGGUGCGACCCAGAUAAUAACAUACACCAGGGAAAGCGGUGUGACGGCGGCGCUAACCACGGUAACAGGCAAAUGCAAAAUAAACACAACGCAGCAAGUGACUGCCCACCGUCUAGCGGCGGCAAUAACAAACUUCAAGGCGCUUCUAGGCCGGCACGAAGAGGCGGCAGACCUAAGCAGCAUGAGGCUAGGCAAAGGCCACGCCGGCAACACCCGCGAUGGGGGCGGAGCCGGUGGCUGUAUCCUGUAUAAAGGACUGGGGCCAAAUGGCAUCCACGACAUACCUUGGGUAAAGAAGCUCGAAGGCGCCCAACACUUACUGUUAUUGCGCUACCAGGCAAUCCGUGAAGAAAAGACAGUUCUCUACGGCAUGACGACGCUAAGAAUGACAGCAGAGCAACUGCAUAAGAGAGCUCUACUUACAAAAAAGCGACCAGCAGGCACACCAUCAAAGGAACCAGAAACUAAAAAUCAGCAAAUAACAGACUGUAAACAACACAAAAACAACAAAACCGAAUGCGAAAAUGCAGGAAAAUGCAAAUGGGAAGGUGAGAAUGAGACCAAAGGGGAAUGCAAAGCUAAACAGGGAUCAGAUACCCCAGAAGCAGGAACAGGCGAUGAAGCUACAGGAACAACAACAGAUAAGUGCAAAGGGAAAUCGCAAACAGACUGCAAAGAUGGCUGCAAAUGGGAUGGAAAAGAAUGCAAAGAUUCCUCUAUUCUAGCAACCAAGAAAUUCGCCUUGAUGGUUUCUUCAUCUGUGAUUUUAGUAAUAUUACAGCAUUAUAAGGAUAUUUGCUCAAUUUUAUAA